CAAACGCGUCCAUCACCUUCUGCGCCCAAGGCUGACUUGCCACGAUAUCCGACCAUCGACCUGGUGUCGCACGAUCGGCUGUUAGGAUUGUUUUGGACAGCAAUGCUUUCCAGCUGUUCGUAUUUCAUGAUUGUAGUUGCAUGUGCUUGGGCGCUGUCGCUCUCCACUUCCAACAUUCGCUCCUUUGCCAUUACCUGAUCAACUGACUGUCGAUUUAUUGAGAUUGUCUUCUCCAAACCAUCAUUGACAUUCCGUCUCCCUAGAGUCUAGAGUAUUUGACCAUCAGCCCGCCAUGUCGUCUUUUCGAGAACUAGGCAACCAGAAGUUCAAAGCCGGCGAAUACAAGGAGGCCGAGCAAUUCUACACUCAAGCGAUCGCCGAACACUCCCGCUCCGACCCCAAAGUCUUUACUAACCGAGCGCUCACCCGCAUCCGUCUACAAGACUGGCCGGGCGCUGAAUCCGACGCACGCAAGGCGAUAGAACUGUACGGUACCAAGAACAAGAAUGCCGCCAUGAAGUCUCAUUAUUAUUUGGCGCAAGCACUGCUUCCGCAGCGCCAUGUCGGUGAAGCACUGGAAGAGGCGAAAACCGCGUACGCAAUAUGUCUAGAGACACACGACAGUUCUGCAGAGUUGAUUGGCGGCUUCAUUUUGAAAGCGAAGCAAGCACAAUGGCAGGCAAAAGAGACCGCGCGGUUGAGAGAGAUGAAUGAGACGUUGGCGUUGGUGGAAGACCUGCUGGAUGCGCAGCUACAGCGGGAUCUGGACGCAGUGGAAGUAAAGUUCAAGGCGGGCGAGAUCGGGGAGACGGGACGUCGGGAGGAAGUUGAAGAACUCCAGAGAGAGGCCGAAGUGAGAAGGGCAAACAUCAGGCGGGGGUUUGAAGACAAAGGCGUCCCGGAUUCGGCGGAGAGGGUUGUCCCUGACUGGCUCAUUGACCCCAUUACAUUCGAAGUGAUGCAUGACCCGGUCGUGACACCCACUGGCGUCUCAUACGAGCGGGUGUCCCUGUUGAAACACAUCAAGGCCGUCGGAUGUGACCCCCUCACUAGGCAGCCUCUCAAGCCGGACCAACUGAUACCCAAUGUGGCGUUGAAGAAUGCUUGCGCAGAGUUUCUGGAGAAGAACGGUUGGGCUGCUGAUUGGUAGGGAGUGUGAAAUGAGGCAGAUGAGUGUCACUCUGCAAGCUGGCCGGUCCGUGGUUGUCUUCCCGAACAACCUCAUCAGGAUGGACGGCGCCAGCAUUGUCGGAGAUCAGGAUGAACGUGAAGCAAUUGCCAAUGAUCGACACUUGUCGGUGCGAGUAUUGCUCUUGGCCCACGACCGAGGAAGAGCAUCUUGGAAACCGGGUUUACUGACUGCUAUCAGCAUGUAACGGCGUUUGGGGCAUAUUGGCAGGAAGACGAGCCCCUGGACUACAGGUGCUUUCUACCCUGUUCUUCUCUUCCAGGGCGUUGCUUUGGUGCAGCGCUUGGAUUCACACUCAUGACACACUAAGCAUACAGAGCAAUGGGCUGAACGGAUUAAUGACUGACAGAAAUGGCACAGCUGGGCAGUGACCCUGGCGGUGGACCGGGCGCAGCAGCAGCAUCGAAUGCCACUGGUAGUAAAGAGUGAACCCAUGCAUCAGUGAUAGAAAGAUUGAACCACGACUGGUAGAG